AUGUUAAAAGUUCAGCAGUGUGUAACAGCUGACGGAGUACCCAAGAAAAAGACAUGUAUUUGUGACAUUUGCUGUAAACAGUUUAAAACUCCAUCAAAAUUAGCUAGGCAUUAUCUGAUACAUACUGGUCAAAAGCCAUUUGAAUGUCAUGUGUGCCAUAAAACGUUUAGGCAGCUAGUCCACCUGGAGAGGCAUCAGUUAACCCACAAUCUGCCUUUUAGGUGUAUUGUUUGUCAUAGAGACUUCAAAAACUUUAUCACUUUCUUAAAGCAUCAGCAGCUUCAUAAUGAAAAUUAUCGAAAUUAUACCAAGCAAGCAGAAAACUCUCUGAAUUCUGAGCAAGACAGGGUCACUCGUGGCAUAUUUCCCUGUUCUGUGUGCUGUACAUCUUUUACAACUGAAGAGAGGUGGAUGCUGCAUCAGUGCCUGGAGGCAGAUCAUCGACAUGGUGCCAGAAGGAGAAAGAAAACUCAUGCUUGUGAAUCGUGUAACAAGGCAUUUCCAUCAAGAUCUAAGCUAGAAAGACACUUCCUUAUUCACACUGGCCAGAAACCUUUUAAGUGUUCUUCAUGCGGUAAAUCUUUCAGGCAGUCAACACACUUGAAAAUCCAUCAACUCACACACACAGAAGAAAGGCCUUUUCAGUGCAGCUUUUGUCAGAAGGGGUUUAAAAUACAGAGCAAACUGAUGAAGCACAAAGAGCUCCAUGCCAGAAAUAAGAGUUCUCCUAAUACUCUGUACAAAGCAAAGACUCUUAAAUAUCCCAGACCACAGAACCUGUUGGAAGGAAAGAGGGGUAGUUUUGAGAAUGCUGACACUUAUAAGUCGCAGGAGAAAGACCCACAUGAUGUUCACUCCAUUGCUAGUGUACUCUUUCAGUGCCCAGCAUGUGAGCAGUGUUUUGAAAUGGAGCAGGUUUUAAAUUUGCACAAAUGUUGUUAUCUGAGAGAUGGCAAAAGUUCAAAUAAUAGUACAACACCACACAGCCACACAGUCAGCAUGAAAAAUAAGAUCCAGAUGAAACGGAAGUGUACUGGAGGGAAGGCAACAGAUUUUUCUCUGACUGACAGAAAAAAGAUAAAAUCAGGUCACUUUAAAAGUCCUGACCUGGUUGCAGCUAGAGAUCGACAUUCUGAUCAGCGUGCUUCCACUAAACCUUUCAAGGCUUGCUGUAGCAAGCUUGACACAUGCAAGAGACUUGGUAAUCAGAUGAGAAGAACGUUUGCUGUGCCAUUACCUUGUCAGGAGCACCAGCAACCUCACGACUUUGGAAUUAAUUUAAAAGGUAUGCUUACUGGUGAAAGCAAGUUAAACACCAAUGAUUCACUGGAUAAUAACAAUGAUGCUUUUUAUGGUUCAUCAGAUGAUGGUUUCUUUGAUAAUCCAGAAGUACCUCACUGUGCUUUUUCAGCUUCUGCUAAAAAUAUACAUAACAGGCACAAAGUGUGUAAAUGUGACAGAUGUGAAAAAAUCUUUCCAUCUUCAUCCAAACUUCAAAGACAUUAUCUUAUACACACGGGACAGAAGCCCUUUGGCUGUAAUGUUUGUGGGAAGACAUUUAGACAGUCAGCUCACUUAAAAAGACAUCAGCUCACCCAUACUGAAAAGACACCCUGUAAAAGCCCUGUUUGCCAGGUAGAAUUUGAAAACGUGAACAAACUUUCAAGUCAUCAGCGAGAUCACAUUGAGUUUAAGUCUUCUCAGCCUGUGGGUCAUUCGGGUUAUUCUCAAACACCUUCACAGGCAUCUGGCUUUCAAGAACUUGAGCUGAUUCAGACAAACCAAGCAGCUGAAAUCGAAGUUGAAAUCAAGUCAGGGGACUCUCUUCUUGAAACCAGUGGUAGAAACACACGGAAACACAAUUUGCGUAGAAAAUUGUUGGAAACAGAGCAAAGCUGUUGCAGCUAUGGUCAUGAUUUUUCUGAAGGUACUGAAAAAAGUGAAGUUGUCGACAAAUUGUAUCAAUGCAGUAUCUGCUCUAAACCUUUUAAAUCACCUUCUAAGCUUGAAAGACAUUACAUGAUGCAUGCUGGACAGAAGCCUUUUGUCUGUUCAGUUUGGUUCAGACAGGCCCCACAUUUGAAAAGACAUCACCUUAUUCACUGUAAAGAGAGCCUAAAGCUGAGUUCCACUGAGCAACAACCAGAGAAUAUAUUGUUUUUAUCAAAACUGGAUAAAAGUUAA